AUGCAGCGCCUGCGAACUACAUUCAAACGAUCCCGCACUCCUACUCCUGCCGAUAUGAAGACGCAAAGCAGCUUGGAAGUGCCUAAACAGGUCCGGUCAGCGUCAUUUGAUGAGAUACAACUGGAAGCGGCGCGCAGUUCUGGCUCAAGUGUCCUUCUUGCAGUUCCACAGCAUGGGGGUCGAAGCCGUUCCUUUGACUCUGCCGGAUCGGAUGAUUCUGGCACUUAUCUUGAGGUCCCGCGUUUGUGGUCCCGUCGUCGAUCAGGCAAAGGAACACCACCACCAUGCGUGCAUUGUCGGCAUAUGGAGACUUGGCUCGCUCGGCGCAGUGAAGAAAGAGUCACGCCAGAGCGAGCGAUCGCGUCUUCAUCAGCCGAAGACGACGACGAAGACGAAGAGAGCGAAGUGGAAGUUCCACGAGUAUUACUAGCGCCUCCUCCACCACCAAGGACAUUUUUACCACCACCAGUACAUUCUCCACCUCCAACUCCCGGUGCACCAUCUUUUGAACUACAACCACCAGUUGAUGAGCCUCCAAUACUCCCGCAGCGACGGCGUUCCAUCUCACGACAAGAGGCUUUCUUCGUGGAGCCAACCGGUAGUUCUCUUGAAAACGUUCGUGCUUCUGAAGAAGAAGCAGCACACGCAGUGAAAGACUCGCUUGUUCACGAUAUUUACUUGGCAGUUCCUGAAUUAAAACGUGACCGCGCCGCGUCUGUAGAUUCGUGUUUUUCUAAAGUUUCCGGUGGUGCUAGAGCUGAAGAGUUGAACGGCACAGGCAAUUGUCUUACUGUGCCUGGAACUGGACUGAGAUCGAGAUCUGUGGAUAUCGUAUUACCUACGGCUGAGCAAUCUCGAUACAAGGCAUUAGCAUUAACAUCGGUUCAAGUUCAAACAUCACCCUCUAAUCAAAAGGAAGAACAGUAUCUUCGUCAACCCGUAUCAGCAGUUGAGCCCAGGUCAGUCAAAUUAUUGUAUUAA